CAGGCGACCGACUCGGUGAUUCGAGCAUCACAACAAUGUGAGUAAACGCCUCCCUCUCAUCAGCUGUGGGUCUCUUUGAUACUCAAAACAAAAGCAGCGGACGGAACACCGUCGAUUUAAUUCAACACAAAUGCAAAGCAACGUUCAUAACAACGACAUUGCGCGUUCUUGUGACACGGUACGCAUAUGUUUUUCCUAAAACGUGUGUGUUCUCCGUGGGUACCUGGUGGCACGCAGCGGAUAUGGAGCUUUUUCUAAAUGUUAACAAGACAUGAACGCGGCAGGAUCCAGACGCGUCGUGCGCACGGAUACGCACCGAAGUGAAUAUCGUUCGCGUCUGAUGUCGUGGCGAGUUUUGGGAGGUUCUGUCAAGUUGUGGUGCCGAUGAGACGGGUGGUUUGGUUUUGGAGGAACACGCGCAACCCAAAGCCUGCGUGAGCGCGCUGAAUCCCGCUUUGAAUCGCGCACGGAGGCCCGUGGCCCUCGGCUGCGCGCAUCAGCAUCACUGUAUAUAGGUGCGGAUACUUGUGCCCUGAAAUUUAUCCUCAGAUUUGUUUUCAUGAUACCAUUCUUCAUUGAUUUAUGCCCUCUGGUAUAUCUCCAAUUGUCCAACCCCAGUGUGGAAGGUUUCCUGGACCUCAAGGCAAAAUGGAGAUCAGGUUCCUUCUAUCUCCAAUCUAAUUGUUAUCCUCUUUUCGGUUUUUACAAAUGGACAGGAGCAAACCAGCCUGCAUUUACUGAAAUGAAGGAAUAAUGCGAGAAGCAGGUGAUGUACAAUUUUUUCUGUUACCGAGACGUUUUCUACAUUCCUUUAGAAAUUGCCACACCAUGAUAGGAUUCCUCUGAGACUUUAAAUAUGGACCUUUAAGAGAUCUGGCCCUGCCAGUUGGGUUUUUCUGGAUUACAUGCUUAAAAAACUCAACACGGUUGGGUAUUUGAAAGCAGAGAGAUCAUAUUUUGAUGCCGAAUACCACUUCCAGGAAUUUAGUGAAGGAUAAGAUCUCUGCUUACUAGGGCAGUGACUGGGUUUGUUGGCCCUUCUUGUGCCUGAACCCAAAUCUCAAACCCCACCUCCAUUUUUUGCCAUUUGGCACCCAUUUCUUGACCCCAUCUCUUUCCGACAUCCACCAUUCGCCCCUCGCUGGCCACGGCAGUCCUCCCUCCCCGCUCCCGUCCCCACCCUCCCCCUCCUCAUUAUCCAACCCCGUCCCCUCACCACACUACCCACCACCCCUCUACCCAGGUCACCAUGGCUACCGGCACAACCACGACUGCGCGCGAACAUCUCCUAGUGGUGCGGAGGCGUAGCCCGCACAUGCGCUACACGCUGAGCCCGGAAAACCUCCGCAGCCUCUCGGCGCAGGGCGGUUCAGGAAGUGGGGGAAGCUCUAGAGGAGGGCCAGAGCCAAUGGGCCUGCAACGGGCCAACAGCGACACGGACCUGGUGACUUCGGAUAGCCGUUCCUCCCUAACAGCCUCAACGUACCAGUUCACACUUGGGCGAGGACAAAACCUGGUCAUCUCCUGGGAUAUCAAGGAGGAAGUGGAUGCUACUGACUGGAUCGGGCUGUACCAUAUUGAUGAGACGUGUCCAUCGAACGUCUGGGAUUCGAAGAACCGCGGCGUUAAUGGCACUCAGAGGGGGCAGAUCGUCUGGAGGUUAGAGACUGGGCCAUACUUCAUGGAACCUGAGACCAAGAUCUGUUUCAAAUAUUAUCAUGGAGUGAGCGGGGCACUGAGGGCAACAACGCCGUGCAUUACAGUAAAAAACCCAGGAGUUACAGCCGGUGCAGAAGGGCAGCUGGACGGACAAUCUGUAACAGAACACUGCAGAAAAUUGGUCAGCUUCACUUUGUCAGAUAUCAGGGCUCAGGGUCUGAAGAAAGGCAUGUUUUUUAAUCCAGACCCGUAUUUGAAGAUGAGCAUCCAGCCAGGCAAGAGAAACGGCUUUCCAACGUUUACCCACCACGGCCAGGAGAGACGAACCUCCAUCAUUUCCAACACCACCAACCCGAUGUGGCACGGAGAGAAGUACACAUUUGUUGCAUUGAUGACGGACGUUUUGGAAAUUGAGGUCAAGGACAAAUUUGCCAAAAGUCGCCCGAUCAUCAAGCGCUUUUUGGGUCAGCUUACAAUUCCAGUUCAAAGACUGCUGGAGAGGCACGGGGCAGGGGAUCAGUAUGUAAGUUACACUCUUUGUCAACGUCUCCCGACUGAACAUGUGAGCGGGGAACUUCAGUUCAAGGUGGAGAUCACGUCUAAUGGACAUGAAGAUGCUAUCGGUUCUCUGCUUGGAGCCUCCUCUAUGAACGGAGAUCCCGGGAGCCCGUCGGACGACGAGGACGUGUUGCAUCCCGUCUCCCGCGUGCCCAGAGGCCCCUCACCCACCGGCUCCGAGGGGUCCCUGCACGGCGAUGCCUUCAGAACCGACGAGUGCUCAAUGGACCCAACCGAAGAUCGUCUCUUUAGAGAAGGUCUCCCAGAAGCAACCCCAAGUCACGCUCACAGACAAGUUUCGCUCAACGACUACCUGGAUGCCAUCGAGGCCCCCAAGGGCCCCGGAGACAGACCCCUUGGAGCCGCGUCCCCUAAGCUACGCUCGAGUUUCCCCACAGACACACGGCUCAAUGCCAUGCUUCAUAUAGACUCUGAUGAAGACGAGGAAGGACACGCUUCACGGGAGGCGUCGCUGACCAAUGGGGCCCAAGGAUCGCAAAGACGCGCCUCCUCUGAACAGGACAAAGGGGUGGGUCGCGUCAAAGACAGAGAAAAAGUUGAGUCAGAAGGAGUGAGCAGCGCCACCGACACAGAUGCUACUGCUUCGGGUUCGAGUAGUAGCACCGCAAUGAGCCAAAAUGGAGGUGCGGAGCGAAGCCACGACUCGACCCAAACCGCUGCCAGAUUGCAGCCAGCUGCCAUAACACAGGAUGGGGAGGGAGUUGCAUCAUUAGAGGCCACAGCAUCUGAGAACUUAGUUAAUGAAGGGGGCGGAGCCACUGCAGCCAAGCAAUCUGAGCAGGGGAAUGCCAAUGAGGAGGACGUAAAUGGAGAAAUCUGGAGGAGGCGGAGUCUGCAGGCCUCGGGUAACGCAUCACAGGCUGAAGGGGCGGAAUCAAGCAAUGAAGUGAGGAGGGCAGGUGAUUCGCCACAGGCUGCCAUGGCAACAGACACAGAGACGGGUGCCAGUGCUCAAGUGAACGGCCAUCAGCCAGUGAGAUCGCUUCCUUCAGUGCGCCAUGACAUCAGUCGCUACCAGAGAGUGGAUGAACCACUUCCACCCAACUGGGAAGCUCGGAUCGACAGUCACGGGAGGAUUUUUUACGUCGAUCACGUGAACCGAACGACCACCUGGCAACGUCCGACAGCCCCACCUGCACCUCAGGUCCUUCAGAGAUCCAACUCCAUUCAGCAGAUGGAGCAGCUUAACCGCAGGUAUCAGAGUAUUCGGAGGACAAUAACCAAUGAGAGGACAGAUGAGCAGGCUGCAGAGAUGCCUUCAGAUGAAACUGACAUAAUGCAUCAAUCCAUACCCGAAUACCGGCGUGAUGGUAUGGUUGGACCCGCAAGCUCUCAUUCUCGUUUGUCUCUGCUGCUUCAGUCGCCCAGCGCCAAGUUUCUCACCAGCCCAGAUUUCUUCACUGUACUGCAUUCCAACCCUAGUGCCUACCGCAUGUUUACAAGUAACACGUGUCUGAAGCACAUGAUCAGUAAAGUGAGACGGGACACGCAUCACUUUGAACGCUACCAGCACAAUCGAGACCUGGUGGCCUUUCUCAACAUGUUCGCCAACAAACAGCUGGAUCUGCCACGAGGCUGGGAAAUGAAACAUGAUCACACAGGCAAGCCUUUCUUCGUGGACCAUAACUGCAGGGCCACCACCUUCAUAGACCCCCGUCUGCCACUGCAGAGCGCUCGACCCAGCAGCCUUCUGGCCCACCGGCAACACCUCAGCCGUCAGCGCAGCCACAGUGCAGGAGAGGUUGGCGAUGACCCUCGACAUGCUGGCCCCGCCGUACUGCCACGCCCCUCCAACAACUUCUCAACCAAUCGCAACCAGUGUCAAGAUAUAGUUCCUGUUGCCUAUAAUGAUAAAAUAGUAGCAUUUUUGCGCCAGCCAAACAUUUUUGACAUCCUGCAGGAAAGACAGCCGGAGCUCAUGAGGAAUCAUUCACUCAGGGAGAAAGUUCAGUUUAUCCGUAAUGAAGGGGUGUCUGGUUUAGCUCGACUUUCUAGUGAUGCGGACCUGGUGAUUUUACUCAGUUUGUUUGAAGAGGAAGUGAUGUCAUAUGUUCCGCCUCAUGCCUUACUGCACCCUGGCUACUGUCAAUCACCACGAGGGUCACCUGUCUCCUCCCCUCAGAAUUCUCCUGGAACACAGCGAGCCAAUGCACGCGCUCCCGCACCGUACAAACGAGACUUUGAAGCCAAACUCCGAAAUUUCUAUCGCAAACUGGAGACUAAAGGUUACGGACAGGGACCGGGCAAAGUCAAGUUGAUAAUCCGCAGAGAUCACUUACUGGAGGACGCCUUCAAUCAGAUCAUGUGCUACUCACGCAAAGAUCUACAAAGAAGUAAACUUUAUGUCAGCUUCGUUGGAGAGGAGGGACUGGACUACAGCGGGCCAUCGCGCGAGUUUUUCUUUCUGGUGUCGCGGGAGCUUUUCAACCCGUACUACGGCCUGUUCGAGUACUCGGCCAAUGACACCUACACCGUUCAGAUCAGCCCUAUGUCUGCCUUCGUGGACAACCACCAUGAGUGGUUUCGCUUUAGCGGGCGUAUUCUGGGUCUGGCUCUUAUCCAUCAAUAUCUGCUGGAUGCCUUUUUCACACGACCCUUCUACAAAGGUCUCCUGCGAAUUCCGUGUGAUCUGAGUGAUCUGGAGUAUCUGGAUGAAGAGUUUCAUCAGAGUUUGCAGUGGAUGAAGGACAAUGACAUCGAGGACAUGCUGGACCUCACCUUCACCGUCAAUGAGGAGGUGUUUGGACAGAUCACAGAGCGUGAGCUGAAGCCGGGUGGCGCUAAUAUCCCCGUGUCUGAGAAGAAUAAGAAGGAGUACAUUGAGCGAAUGGUGAAGUGGCGUAUCGAGAGAGGCGUCGUUCAACAGACCGAGAGUCUCGUCCGAGGAUUUUAUGAGGUUGUGGAUGCGCGGCUGGUGUCGGUGUUCGAUGCACGUGAGCUGGAGCUGGUGAUCGCUGGGACGGCCGAGAUCGAUCUGGCAGACUGGAGAAGCAACACAGAAUACAGGGGAGGUUACCAUGACAGCCACAUCGUGAUUCGCUGGUUCUGGGCGGCAGUUCAGCGAUUCAACAAUGAACAGAGACUCAGACUUCUUCAAUUUGUGACAGGGACAUCCAGCAUUCCUUACGAGGGCUUUGCCUCGCUCCGAGGCAGCAAUGGACCUCGCCGCUUCUGCGUAGAGAAGUGGGGGAAAAUUACCUCUCUGCCCAGAGCUCACACGUGUUUCAAUCGUCUUGAUCUUCCCCCAUAUCCCUCGUUCUCUAUGCUGUAUGAGAAGAUGUUGACCGCAGUAGAGGAGACCAGCACAUUCGGCUUGGAGUGAAUGUUCACUUUUGCACUUUGGCUCAAUCUAAUAGAUUCUCCAUCUGGGACAAGACACAACUCAUACUCUGGAACAGAAGAGUCAAACCGGUUUGGUAGAAGCAAGUGUGAAUGUAAACCUGGAUGUAUGUGAACUCAAACUCAAGGAAGUGGCCAGAUAAGUGCAAAGUGGAGUUACUGAAAAUAGUUCAAAUGUUUCAAAUCCAAAGGACUUUGUUAUAUCUGUACAGACAAAGACUUUUUUACGCACCAUCGAUAAUGGUUUCUGAUCGUUCACAUGCAAGAUAUGAUAUUCCACAGCGUUUUAUUCUUCAUCAUUUGCAGAUACACUUAAUAUUCAAAUGUAUUUUUACUUUUUAUCAUGUUUGUUUGUCUGACGCGUUUUAAUGUGAUGUUCAAAUUGAUCACGCGUAUACUCGUGAACUUGUGAAGGGCAUGUUACACAAAAGUAGGCCCUGUCCCAAGUGGCGCACUUCAUGUCGACUUUCGGUCUCGUGGCCUUAAAUUGCGCACGCUCGCUUAGUCUACGAAUCCAUAGGGUGUCCCGUCUGUCAUUUUUACGCUCUGAAGUGUGCUCAUCAGCGCCCCCUUUGCACCCAUGAUGCGGACCACUGCUGCAGGCUCCACCCACUUUACCAACUCAGAAGUCCUUGCGAAAGACCAAUCAGAUGACGGAUGGGAGGAGUUUACACUAAUGGACGUCUUCUUUUCCUAUUUCCGGCAUGACGCUUGAGUCUGUCCCAAAAUACGACUCUGGUGCACCCUCGUGGACUCGUGUCAAUGGUUCGUAAGGCAUACACUACAUGAUGUCAUCAAAGUGUGCACUCUGAGGAAGUCCAAAAGUCCAGAAUGUGCCAUUUGGGACAGGGCAUUAUUCGCACUUAAACAUGAAUGUGACCACUAUGUGCAAACAAUUUUUGGAAAACAUCUAGAAAUGUUUGGUUUCUCCUCCAACCUUGGCCUUCCUAAAUCUAGAAGUCCCAUUUUUACUCAUACACGAGGGUCCACGUACAGUAGUGUACGUGCACUGCCCGGUUUUUGUGAUCGUGCAUACUUUGUACGUGUAGGUCGCGUAUGCGCUUACAGGAGAAUGUAGUAUGUAGCCCAGGAGAUGCAUUGCAUUUUGUCGCAAUGCGCAUGCGUUAAAAGUCUACAUUACAUGUACGAGUAAAAUAAACUAUGCGUUCAACCGUGCACGUACACGUAAAAAAAAAACUAUACACCGGGCUUAAGAAACCUCAGUUUGAUUUCUGAUGAAUCACAAAGCUAUCAAAAGUCAUGGGAUGAGAAACAUGGAUUAAAAUGGACUCUAUUUACUUUGUCAUAACUUUAUAGCUUUAUUGAGAUGACAUGAAUGUUUUCCAAGCUUUCAUGAAUGUUUUCACUCUUUGUCACUCAUUUAAUCUGAAUACAAACAUGUUUUUAUGAAUCAGUAAAUGACUAUCAAUACCCCCCCCCCC